GUUUGCUUCUCACUGUGGGGUUCACGAAAGGAAGACGACACUUGGUUCCUAGCCAUGACUCAAUCAAAUCAAGUGGUGAAAAAAUGCGGUAUAAGAAUUGGGAUCUACCAUUGAGCGAUUCGCAUCUUAGCUCUCGAUUCCUGGCAUCUCUUCUGGCAUCUCUCUAUCGAGAUCCAAACUGGACAGGGCCUAAAGAAACCAACGGCUCACAUUCUCCCGCGCCCUCGCUCUCCUACCCCCAUAAAUUCACCGCCACCAGAGACCAACACCUCGUAAGCUUCACACCUCUCACAAACCUUAAACCAACACCAAAACAAAAACCCUCCUCUGCCUCUGUUUCGCAACCUUCGAUUUCAAUCAUGAACGUGUUGGAUUCUAAUCUCGAAGCUCUUGCUUUCAAUUACUUGAGCUUCGGAUUGUUCACUGUUGUGAACAAUCUGUGGACUUGGAUCGCCGUUUUGACCGCCGCCGUUAGCUUCUGGAGGCUCAGACCUAGAGCCGCCGCCACCAGUGCCAUCUCUUCUUCUGCAUUGAAAUUCCGCUCCCAACCUGCCAUUUCCGGCCUCAGCUUAAAUGGGUCGUCGCCGGUUCCCGAGAUAACUCAGUCAAAUUCGGCGGCGAAGAAGGUGGAGCCACCAUGCUUUGUUCCGGCAUUGGCUAAGUUCGGUGACAGCACAGUGCAGCUGACAAAGGGUUCGAAGUUUGCGGUGUAUUUUGAGGAUAGUGACGUUGAGAGUGACCUGACAGCGACCUCAUCACUGACGCCGGAGAAGGAUGAGACGGAAGAAAGCGGCAGCGAUGAGGUGGCGGCGGCUAGUUGGUGGGAGGAUGUUUUGACGUUGAGAACGGGAGAGAUGAGUUGGUACAGGUACCAGGACUUGACGGAGCUUAACGGUAACGUCGUUAGAUUAUGGGAUGAUUACAGUAGAAUAGUUGGUGAAACCGCGUCCAGCUCAGCAAAACCAAAGCGACGUGUCGUUUGGUAGUUAGAUUAGCAUGUGGUUUUAGGCUUAAUUAUGUAUUAAGGUCUUGGGAUUGAAGGUUCGAAGAAGAACUUGUAAAUACAUUUUGUUGGGUUAAACAUGAUUAAUAAACUCAAAUCAAUGCAAAUUGCAACGCUACUUGUUGCAUUUUUUAUGUAAUUCCUAGUUGAUCUCUGAUUUAAUUGUGCA